AUGCUGCAGCGCUGCGCCGCCAGUCAUUUGCGCCGCUUCAGUGCGGUCGCCACUGACCUCCCGCUGUCCCCAGCCGGUCUUAGUCCACGCGGACAGGCGGACCGCAUUCCAGAGGACGUUGUGCUGGCGCUGGAUAAGUUUAUCGUGGGCCAAGAGGACGCCAAGAAGGCCGUUGCGGUCGCACUGCGCUCGCGCUGGCGCCGUCAGCAGCUCACGAACGACGCGCUGCGGACGGAAGUGUCGCCCAUGAACAUCCUCAUGAGCGGCCCUACUGGAUCGGGAAAGACAGAGAUCGUGCGACGGCUGGCGAAGAUCUCGGGCUCGCCGUUUCUCAAGGUGGAGGCCACGAAGUUCACUGAAGUCGGUAUCUACGGCGCCAAUGCCGACUCGAUGAUCAAGGACCUCGUGGACGUUGCUGUGAAUAUGGAGAGGGCCGAAGCGCAGCGCCUGCACGCUGCAGCAGCGCGCGACCGCGCAGUUGAUCGACUGGUGGACCUGCUGGACCGCGAAAAGCUCCGUGACAGCUCGCGUGCCGAGCUCCGCGAGGACAUUGUCGCUGGUCGAGCGGACUCGCGCACAGUGCGGCUGGAACUCAAGCCGCUGGCGAGCAAAGCGCGUCCGGCAGUGGCGAACCAGGACAUGAUGAUGGAGUUUCCGCCCGAGUUGAACAACAUGAUGAAGCAUCUCGACACGCUCAUGGCGUCGCGUUUUAGUGGUGGUGCCAGCAAGAGACAAGACAAGACACAGAGCAUGACGGUGAAAGAAGCGCUGCCUCGCCUCGAAGCUGAGGAGAUGGACGCGAUCGUUGAUGACGACGAGGUGGUCAAGCGGGCGUUGGAGAAUGCACAGCACAACGGCAUUGUGUGCUUGGACGAGAUUGACAAACUUGCUAGUGCUGGCGACCAGGCGCGCGGAGGAGAAAACGGCGGGAGCUACCGUAAGGGCGAAGGUGUGCAAAAGGAGCUUCUGGCGCUGACAGAAGGCUGCGCCGUGAACACUCGCUAUGGACUUGUGUACACGGACCACAUUCUGUUUAUUGCAAGUGGUGCGUUCCACCGCGCAAAGCCGUCGGAUUUGAUGCCUGAGUUGCAAGGUCGCUUGCCGAUUCGCGUGGCGCUCUCGCCCUUGGGGGCUGCCGAGUUUGAGCAGAUCUUGCGAGACACGGAAUACAACUUGCUGGAGCAAACGAGUGCAUUGAUGGAGACAGAAGGCGUGACGCUUACAUUUACUGACGACGCCAUCAGCGAGAUCGCGUCUAUCGCAGAGCAAGUGAACGCACAGGGGGACAACAUCGGUGCUCGUCGCUUGGCGACUAUCAUCAGCAAGAUCACGGAAGAAGUGUCGUUCCACGCUCCGAAGAUGAACGGUGUGGCGUUCACGGUCGACAAGAAGUACGUGCAGCAGCGUCUUUCCAACGUGCUCGAGCGCACGGAUCUUUCCAAGUUUAUUCUCUAG